UGCUUGGAUGAUGAUGACGAUCAGCCGAGCACUUCUGCCGCUGCAGCUGCAGCCCUUGCGGCUAAGAUAGCGGCUGCUAGCACAGCCAAAGAAGCAGCAUCGCGUGCCGCCGGUGGCAGCGGAAGUAAUGCAAAGGCGGCACCCAAAAACGCCAAGGGACGGAAAACCCAGGACACACGCAAACGUCCCAGCCGUGCUGCGGAUGCGGGCAAGGGUGCUGGUAAGAAAAAGUUGACGGGGAAGCAACAACAACGACGUAAACAGCAACAAAAUUCGUUAGAAAACGAGGCGCCAGCUACGCAAUCGUCUACUGCUACUGCGGAGCAAAUAAAAAAUAAAUCACCUUUCAUUUUGGUGAAACAGGAUGGCAGCAUAAGUGUAGUGAAUGCGCCACUGAAUGCUGAGGAUAUUAAUGAGAAGCAUGCGGGCGCGCGCCAACUCAAGAAACCACCAGGCGCGGCCGGGUAUGCACACGAUCGGAAGAAUCUGCGAGGUUUGCACUCGUCAACGUUGAGUACCAAGUACGAUGCAGACACAACCGAUUCAACGUGGAUUUGUGUAUUUUGCAAGCGAGGACCUCAUCGCAUGGGCCUUGGUGAUUUAUUUGGACCUUAUCUGGUCACAGUUGAUUGUGAAGAGUAUAAGGCAGCAAUUAAGGCACCCGAUUCUCUCGAUUUGGAUUCAAUUUUCCUAAGCAAGCGAAGGCGCAUUGAUAUGGUACAGACUAAUCCUCGAAAUCUGCCAGUGGUUCCAGCUAAGAAUAGCGCGUUGGGUAUAGGAGCGAGCACAGGCGCAACGCGCACACCCGGCGGGGUGAGUAUAUCAAGCACGCCACUCACAAGAGAGCUAUUCAAUAGCAAUUCCCCUUUGCAGGGUAAAAAGAAGAAGAAAUCGAUUGACACAAGCACACCUAUCGUCCUGCCAGACGUUGAUCCACUGGAUUGUACCGCAGACGAGGCAUUGCAACAGAAUUUUCUUGGCAUGACUAAAGUGUCAGAAAGCAGCUACGAAGUGUGGCUGCAUGAGGAUUGCAUCGUCUGGGCACCGGAUGUAUUUUUGGUUGGGGUGCGGGUCGUGGGACUCGAUGCAGCGGUCUGGAAUAGCACUCACUACCAAUGUACGUUGUGUAACAAACCUGGUGCAAUUGUAUGUUGCCUACAGCGUGAAUGCAAAGCAGCGGCACAUGUGCCAUGUGCACGAGAGGCCAAUUGGGACUUGAUUGAAGAGAAAAUGAAUGUAUACUGUCAGCUGCAUGCAGUGCAAGCUGCAGUGGCAACAACAACAACCACCACCACCACCGCAGCUGUAACAAUGACACCAGCUGCAAACGAGCCACAAACUGCAAGUAGCGGACGCCAGUCGGGCUUAAAGAAGUCCUGAAAAACACAAAUGUGUAAGAUUCGCCGUCCACUGUCACGUGCACAACAGCGUGCGCGUCGUCAACGUUGCGUGCUCAUGCCGCAGCAACGUCGUAAGAAAACGCAACAGAAUAAAGCAAGCAAGGCUGCGGCCUAAAACAAAAGCAUGAAAUGAAUGUAAACGAAAGAGGCAUGCAUUAGCAUUUGCGUUGGCUAAUUGUAAUCCCCUAACAUUCGUUAGUUUUAAGCAUAAAUCAUUUUUAAGCCUAA